AUGGCCGUCGCGUCGAUACAAGACCGAACCUCCGAGUUCAAGUCAGUACUUGCCCAGGCACAGCGUCGGCAGGCGACCGCGAAGCCCAGCUCGCAGAAGCGGUCCCUGCUCACAGAGCAGCAAAAAGCGGACGCGAGCGGCGAUGGUCGCCCGCGAAAGUCAGACUUUGCCAGGAAGGCGGCCGAUAUUGGGAGGGGCAUCUCGGCGACGAUGGGCAAGUUGCAAAAGUUGGCACAGCUGGCAAAACGUCGCACAAUGUUCGACGACCGACCGGUCGAAAUCAACGAGCUCACCUUUGUCAUCAAGCAAGACCUCUCGUCCCUGAACCAGCAAAUUGGCGAGUUACAAGCAUUUACCCGCCAGAGCCGACCCAACGCCGAUCAGGAAAGCGAGCACAACAAGAACGUGGUGUACCUCUUGCAAGGUAAACUCACCGACGUGUCCGUCAACUUCAAGGACGUCCUAGAGGCGCGCACCAAGAACAUCCAAGCUUCGCGCUCGCGGACGGAGAACUUUGUCUCGUCCGUAUCGCAGCACACGCAGCCGACCUUGCAACAGAAUGCGUCGCCCUUGUACGGUACGCCGAACCGCGCGUCGCCGGCGCCGGCAAACGACACGCUGUCGUUGAACCCCGUGAGCGACCAGCAGAUGCUGAUCAUGGAGGAGGGCCAGACAUCAAAUUCCUACAUCCAGCAGCGAGGCGAGGCGAUUGAGGCGAUUGAGAAGACAAUCAACGAGCUUGGCGGUAUUUUCGGUCAGCUGGCGACCAUGGUGUCCGAGCAGAGCGAGAUGAUCCAGCGGAUCGACGCAAACACAGAGGACGUCGUGGACAAUGUGGACGGCGCGCAGCGCGAGCUGUUGAAGUACUGGUCUCGGGUGUCCAGCAACAGAUGGCUGAUUGCGAAAAUGUUUGGUGUUCUCAUGAUUUUUUUUCUACUUUGGGUUUUGGUUUCUGGUUAG